GCCGACAGUGAACUGACUUUUGGUUUAGUUCACAUUACAACCAUUUCUGCGUAAGUUAGUGGUUGUCCAACCAUUUUCUUCUAGCAAAAAAACACGUGUUCAUCGACUGCAUUGCUGAUGGAAUAAACAAUCCAGUGUGGACAGUCACAGAAUUAAAGAAAAAACAUUUCUAAAGUGUAACUGUACCAUCUUACUACAACUAAAAUGUCAAGAUGCAGAUGUGCAGAACAUGUCAGAAAACUGACACAGCAGGUAUCAGUUAUGAGGAGAGAGAUUAAAAACCUCAGACAGCAGUUAGAUGGAUCCAUCCGAGCCCAUAAGAAGCAGAUGUCAUCUCUUCAAUCCAUGCUGACAGAUUGCAUGAAACAUGACAGAUUACAGUCAGUUAGCAAAAGUCCAUCUCAGAGCCCAAGUGGGAUGAAUCAGUUAUUAGAGCAAGGACGUAUUCAUACUCUACCCAUCGGAUACAUCAGUUCAUGUUUUGCUGUCAAAAAUGGCACGCCACGACAACCCACCAUAUGCAGUUCCUCUCGGGCCAGCUUGAAGAUUGAACCAUCAGUCUUCAAUAACCCAGAGCACUCUUUAAUUGGGCUGGAACAAUACUCCCAUAUCUGGAUCAUUUUCCUCUUCCAUAAGAAUGGGCAAAUGAGUUAUAAAGCCAAAGUGAAGCCGCCUCGUCUAAAUGGUCAGAAGGUGGGGGUGUACUCCACCCGUAGCCCCCACAGGCCUAAUGCAUUGGGACUGACUUUGGCUAAGCUGGAAAGAAUCACAGGAGAUACACUCCACCUGUCAGGGGUUGAUAUUAUCGCUGGAACACCUGUGCUGGAUAUCAAACCAUAUAUUCCAGACUACGACUCUCCUAAAGCAAUGACAGACAAUGCCGAUAGUGAACACAGACUAACAUCGUGCACAGACCCUGUGAUUGCCCAGGAGAUGGAGCUAGAUGAAGAACCUGAACUCUUACAGACAUCACCUGAGCCUUCCUCAGAGCUUUGCCCCAAAACAAGUCCAGCCACUGCCUCAGAUUUGUCUUGGUCACAGAGGUCUGGAUCCAAAGAUGUGACUGAUGUGCUAGCAGAGGUGAAACACUACCUCAAACAAGGGCAGCUUUUCUCUGAAAAUCCAGCUGAGGACAAAAACAUGGGUGCUUCUGAGUGCAGUUCAGCUGACACAACUCCUGUCAGUUCAUCCAGGCUCAGUUAUGGACCGGAGUCCUACAGUACUAUUGCUGCCUGGGUCAGGGCACCCCCUAUCAGUCACCUAGAUGUGCGAUUUACUGUGAAUGCUGAGAAGGAGCUCCUAGAGUUUGCUCCAUGCGACAGUACAGACAGCAAAAGGCCAAGGUUCCAGUUCUUGAAAGGACCUGAUGAGGCAGUGUCGGCCAUCUGCAGCAUUCUCUCUGCUGACCCCAGAUCAGUAUAUCGUCGCACGAGUUGUCAAGACCGUCUGUUCUUCUUCACCCUGGAUACAGCUGACAUCACCUGCUGGUUUGGAGAUGGCUUUGCUGAGGUCGUGAGAGUCAAACCCGUGGAGAGUUCAGAACUCACUGAUGUUGUGUGAGGUUCAUGUAAAAAAAAACUGAAUUUGUCUUUCUUAUGGAGGUCUCUCUCUCUCUCUCUCUCUCUGUCUGAAAACACUUCAAUAUUGUCAGUGUUUUCAAUAAGAAGAAACUAUGACAUAUUUCUUCUUAUUGGUUAAAUACAGGCCAAAUCAGGUCUGUGUGUCGUUUCUGGUGUAUACCAAUAGCAACAGGAAAUGGCCCUCAGACCAGAAUGGCCGUCAAGUUAGAUAUAAUGGAAUAGUUCACCCAAAAAUAAUUACUCACCCUCACGCUGUUCCAAAUCUAUACGACCUAUAUUAUUUUCACAUAAUGCAAGUCAAUGGGGAUCAAAACUUUCAAGCUCCAAAAUGGACAUACAGGUAGCAUAAAAAGAAUCCAUACGACUCAAGUCGUCUGAAGCGAUACUGUAGGUUUGAGUGAUAGGCCAAAAUUCGUCCUUAUUCACUAAAAAUCUUGACAUCCGCUCUAGCUCUCCUUGGCACGUUUAUGAGAGAAACUUAUUCACAUUUCUUCGCUCCACACGUGAACCAUCCUGUUGGUUGAGGCAUCCAGGAAAAGCACAUAUACUCACCAUUUUGAACAAUAAGUAAAUAGAUGUAAAGCAAAUGUUAUUUAGAGUGUAACCACUUAAGUUCUUGCGUGAACAUGGUUCAAGCGCUGGAACGCGUAAAUGAGCUUCUCUCCUGAUUCGUAGUGCUAAUGUCAAGAUUUUUUGUGAGAAAGGACUCAAAUUGUGGUCUGUGUUUCACCCAAACCUAUCAUACAACUUUAGAAGAUGUAAUAUAAUCGUAUAGAUGGAUUACUUUUAUGCUACUUUUAUUUCCUUGUUGGAGCUUGAACAUUUGGAUCCCCAUUAACUUGCAUUAUAUGGGGAAAAAACAGCUCAGACAUUCUUCAAAAUAUCUUUGUGUUCCACAGAAGAAAGCCAUACAGGUUUGGAACAGCAUAAGCAUGAGUAAAUAAUGAGAGAAUUGUCAUUUUAGGGUGAACUAUUCUUUUAAAUGGUGAUAAUUUGAUUGGGAAUAACAUUUUGAUAGUGAUAUUUAGACGCAGUGAUACACAGCAGGAAGAUAUUUGUAUGGAUCAACUUGCAGGGAUUUUAGAGCCAGCUGUCUCGAUUGCAAACACACGUGACGGAGACGGAAUGAUCCUGCUCUUGCUGUGCUGUCCUCAUGAUGGCGGGUCGUAGGCUGUGGGUUUAGCCAGAUUAGUACUGGUGCAUGGGGUUCAGGUACACAACUUUGGCCAAGCUGUGGACUUAGUUAAAUGACCUAUUCUCGACUAGAGUGGUUGCAUGGCUGGAGAGCCCUGUUACUCUAAACCAUCUGGGGAGACAGUGCUGAGAUGGGCACGUCGAGAACAGUAUCAUCCAGUCAAGCCUCUAAGCAUCCCAAUCUGCAGGAGUCAGUGCUGCACACAGAUACCUUAAACUGAAAAACUACAAACUUGCAGCAAACCUGUUUAAGAAUAGAAGUUAACACCUCAGAUCUGAAGGACUGGAGGCUAAAGAUAAUUUUGAUGGAGGAACUCUAAGCACAGAACAGCGUCAGUGCUAUCAAAGGGACUAGAAUUGUUUAUUAGUACCCUUGAUGACUGAUAGAAGAGAACUGUUCCAUUGUCAACUGAGCAUUAAAGGGAUAGUUCACCCAAAAAUGUAAAUUCUCUCAUCAUUUACUCAUCCUCAUGCCAUCCCAGAUGUGUUUGA